AUGGCGUCCAACUCUAAUAUUUCGACCACCUCACCCGCCAAUGACCCUGCUUAUAAGGUUUCUACAAGUUCCACCAUUGAUGAGCUCUAUAUUGAAGAAGGAAUAAAGAAAUCCGGAGCUUAUAAGAACCUUAAUGCGGGUAAUAUUGAACUCUUAAUAGAACAAGCAAAGAAGUCUUUGACUGAGUCAGAUGAACCUGUUCUUCAAGUAAUUUUUGAAGAGCGUUUUUUGCCAAUACAUUAUGUUCCAGAACUAUUUAUG